GCUAAUAAAUUAUUAACAAAAAUUGUGAGCAUUUCCAACCUGCUUUGAAACUUAUCAGCAAAGCUUUGCGAUGAAAAUAUUGAGUAAUUAAAGUAGCCACCGAACUAUCAGGGAUGGUUCGAUACCUGAAAGACUGUUGUGGCUUCUUCCAUCUCCGUUAUGCCGCCAUCACGAUUGCUGUAUUACAAAUAGCAUUUUCUAUUUACUUCAUUCACGAUGGAGUGACACAUGUAAGAAGCGCCAGUCGCCAUCAUGAAAGCCAGAACACUUCACAUGGAAAUGCAACUUUGGAAAAAAAUCCAAAAUUUUCACCAGGAAAGCAUGAGAAGGACCUCGAGAGCAACAAGACUGCCAACGUAACAGUGGCACUGGUUGGUUCUUUAAACAUUCUUGUCUCGCUGGCCUUACUUAUCUGUGGGAUUAUUAAUAAGCCAAUACUGAGAGGUUUGCUGGCUUUAUGGAUAAGCUGGGCUGUUGCUGUGAUUAUUCUAGACUUUGCUAUUAUAAUAUUCUACAUGACAAUUGCUCACUCUUUUCUUGAUGGCCUACGUGUUUUUGUUAUUUACGGUGUUGGCGUGCUGCUUGAGGUUUUAUGCAUCUGGGUAGUUGCUUCGUAUUACAAGUACUUGGGUAUUCUGGCAGCCGGGCCUGCGCAGGGGUAUCGCAUUGUCUUCAAUUCUCGUGGAGCAGAGCCCCAACCAAUGUACAACAAUUCGCAGCAGCAACAGUCAAGCGUGAUAGCCUCGGAGCCACCAUCAUAUGCAACCUCGGUCCACUCUACAUCUUCGAUAGAGCUGACAGAUGUUUCCAAUGGCAACACAGAAAGAAAAGUAGCCUUGUAGAAGCAUUUCUCAGAGUUUAUGGUGUCGUUAACAAAGAUUGAUAGGUAAUUGAAAACAACGAUUGAUAACAAAGAACUGAUCAAGCACUUAUCACGGCUAAUUGAAGCUUAAUUUGUUAUGAACUUUAUAAAUUAAGAUGUUGUCGGUACACCUAGAUAUACCGACCAUUAGGGGUAUGGUCCGUAUGCUAAACGACUUUUCUGUUAAUUUCUAAACGACUAAGCGAUUUCUGCAUGCAACAACCCCUAAACUUAAAGGCUCUCGCACAACUGGCAUGUUUAGCGGCAGCUUUCUUGAGAAAUUGAUAUUAGGCCGGUUUUGAAAGUAAAGUCGCAAAGCAUGCCGGUUGCGCAAGAGCCCUUAACUUCUUUCCUCAAAGUAAAUCAGUCUAACGCCGCUGUACACUUACCUUUGAUGGCCUUUUCCUAAUUAAAAAAAGGAAUCUUACUUUGCCUUUUCCAAUUAGAGCCUUACGAUGUGCAGUUUUUAUCAUUGCAAAUCAUAUAUAUUUUACGUCAGUGGCGCAGACAGAAGGGCGUGAGAGGGGGCGAAAGCCCCACUCUAAAGCAAAGUGCUAUUUUCUCGAAAAACCUCUGAUCUUGUCGGAAUUAUAUCUUAGUGUUCUACAUCUUGAGAGGAAAGUUUUUAAGCUGAAUAUAACAUAAGUAAGUUUGAAUAUAUGCAAAGACUUUUAUAUUUUAGUUCUGACAUCGUUAUUUCAUGUACUCAAUAGAAAUACUCAAAGAUAGAAAAUCUAAGUUUCUAGCCCUCGCUAUAAAUUGUUCUAUCUACGCCACUUCUUUACGUAAUACAGAACCUACAGUUACACCGGCUACCAACUACGCUAAAUAUGUCAUUCCUCGUACAUAUUGUAUGUUACUGUUAUUUAUUAAUAUUUAUUUUGUUUAUAGAUUUAAUUUUACUCUUUCCAAAUGUUAAACAAAAGUCCUGAAAUAAGUCGCAGAUGUUUUGUGGAAGAGUUUAGUUUGAAGUUUUUGGUUGAAAUCCUCUUAUCCAAACGCUAGAUAGCAGGCUUGGCUGCUUGAAAUAAUAAACAUUAGACUGGCUGAAACAUUCAGUGAUGUUUAACAAGAUUAUGUUAUAACGCUUUUUAUUGCUUAUUCUAAACAUAUUGUGUUGGUUUGUAUAUAUUAAUAUAUCUAUAUGAACGUGUAAAUUUUUUAUAACCUUUUAUUUACAUGCUAGGGUUAUUCUGAACAUUAAGGGACAAAAUUUCAACCUGGCUUGUUAUCUUAGUCGUGAGCUUCUUGGGAUGGGGAGGUUUUCAAGUCGUGCCUAACAAGAGUGUUGUUGCUGUUGCUAAUGCUGUUGUUGUUUGUGAUGUUUUUUCUUGAAUGCUGUA